AUGGGUUCCAAGGAAGCAGUAGCCAACAGCAAGCCUCAUGUUGUUUGCAUUCCUCUUCCAGUUCAAAGCCAUGUAAAGGGAAUGCUUAAGUUUGCAAAACUCCUCCACCACAGAGGUUUCCAUAUCACCUUUGUCAACACAGAGUACAUUCACAAGCGCUUCCUCAAGUCUCUUGGACCCAAUUCCCUCGACGGCUUGCCUAGUUUUCGAUUCGAAACCAUACCAGAUGGCAUUCCAAGCUCAGAAGAAGAUACCACUCAAUACAUUCGUUUGCUUGGUGAGUCAGUCACGAAUAAUUUGCCGGCUCCAUUUCGUGACCUCCUCAUGAAACUCAAUGGCACGGCCAAUAUUCCUCCGGUGUCUCACAUCGUUUCGGAUGGUUGGAUGAGCUUCACCAUCACAGCAGCGGAAGAAAUUGGAAUCCCUGUUGUACUCUUCUUCACUAUGUCUGCAAGCGGCGUCAUGGGAUUUAAUCAGUUUCCUACUUUGCUGGAAAAGGGACUUGCUCCACUCAAAGAUGAAACCUGGUUAACAAAUGGCUUUCUUGACAAUGUCAUAGAUUGGGUUCCAGCUAUGAAAGGUAUCAGGUUAAGGGAUAUCCCAAACAACUUUAUUACCACAGACCCCGCCGAAGCAUCUUGGAUCUUCUGCUUGGAAGCAAUCCAAAGAUUUGGUAAAGGUUCAGCAAUUGUUCUUCAUAGUUUUGAUGCAUUGGAGAAAGAAGUUUUGGAUGCUCUCUCAUCCAUGUUUCCACUUGUUUAUGCAAUUGGCCCUCUCCAGUCACUUCUUAACCAGAUACCAGAGCAUCCUUUGAAGGCUAUGGGAUAUAGUCUGUGGAAAGAAGAAACUGAGUGGCUCAAAUGGCUAAAUUCUAAAGAACCAAACUCUGUUGUUUACGUCAAUUUUGGAAGUUUAGCGGUCUUAACACCGGAACAACUUGUGGAGUUUGGUUGGGGACUGGCAAACAGCAAGCUUCCCUUCUUUUGGGUAAUUAGGCCUGAUCUGGUUGUUGGUAAAUCGGGGAUUUUUCCACCCGAGUUUGAGGCUGAAACUAAGGAAAGAGGCCUUAUAGCAAGUUGGUGCCCACAAGAGCAAGUCCUUGAGCACUCAUCAGUUGGAGGAUUUUUAACACAUAGUGGUUGGAAUUCAACCAUUGAGAGCCUAUGUGCUGGUGUGCCUAUGCUCUCCUUGCCAAUCUUUACUGACCAGCAAACAAAUUGUCAUUGUGUUUGUAAUGUGUGGGGAAUUGGCAUAGAGAUUAGUAAAGAUGCCAAGAGAGACCAAGUGGAAAAGCUUGUUAAAGAGUUAAUGGGGGGAGUGAAAGGUAAGCAAAUGAAAAACAAGGUCAUGGAGUGGAAGAAACUGGCAGAAGAAGCCGCUAGUCCACAUGGUUCUUCAUCUGCAAAUUUAGACAACUUUGUGAAUCAAGUGCUAUUAAGGUAA